UCACUGUGCAGCGAGCAGUCUUUGGCAGCAAGCGUGCACUCGACUCGACCGCGCCAUGGUCCUCCUGUCUGUGUGAGGCGAGAAUGUCAGGGCGCGAACAGCAGCAAUACGACCUGGUGCUCAUUAAAGAACUGGAGAUCAUUUUGGAUUCUUGCACAUUGGGGCUCGCAGCAGUGGAUGAAGUCUGGCCCAACCUGUUCAUAGGGAACAUAGCUACAGCACAAAAUAAAAAGACUUUAUCUAAACUGGGCAUCACUCACAUCCUGAACGCAGCUCACUCCAAGCAAGGCAGCAUCGGUGACCAAAGUUUCUAUGGCAACGCUUGUGUUUACUGCGGUGUACCAGGGGAAGACUCGGACCACUUUGACCUGAGCCAGUACUUCAAAUCCGCAGCAGACUUCAUCCAUAAAGGCCUGAAGUGUGAUCAUGGAAAAGUGUUGGUGCAUUGCAUUAUGGGUAUGAGUCGCUCUGCCACUUUGGUGCUGGCCUACCUGAUGAUGCGGCAGCGUCUCUCACUCCAGGAUGCUGUGAAGCAUGUUGUCCAAAAGAGAGCCAUUUACCCUAAUAGGAACUUUCUGAUGCUCCUCCACAAGUUGGGUGAACAGCUGGCAUUUAAAAGGAAGAUGUGUCCCCUCCACUGAGGCCUCCUCAAUGACCACAUUAAACUUCUCCAUCCCUGAAUGGACAUCAGAGUGUGUGACGGUCCUCAUGUUUAUGAUUUGUAUGCAACAAGAUGUCAUUACAUGUCAACAAACUUUGUAAAACCUUUUAAGAAAAUAUUAGAAAAGUACACUGUUUUAAUGUUUUUAAUAGUGCACACAUAUUUAACAAUGCAUUGUUUUGUUUGUUUUUUUAAUUGACGU